GGGCCAGCCUGGCGGUAGCGGCGGUCUGCGGCACACCAACGAGACAGUGCAGUUUGGAAACACCCAUUUUCCCAACGCGUGCUGCAGUGACGUUAUCCAAAGCCUAGCCCCCAUAAUGCCGCCCGAGGUUUGACGCGCUUAAUGAGAGUAAAUUGCUCUCACCUGCGUGUUCAGCGGCAUGGACUAAAAACGCACAAGUUACAACAUAAGAACAAGAAAAGACGUUCGGGGUUUCAGUAUAACAUUUGACAAAACGGAAAAGGAUCGCCAACUCACCGUAUUUUCAACACCUUUCGUGGGGAAACUUCGUUUCAGCGACUAGCCAAUUAACGCCAGCUUGUCCCUCCAGCUGUAUGUUUUGGCGCCCCGGCACGCUGCGAGCCACGUGGGCUGCCCCCGCGUGGUGCUGAUGCUGCGGGGUGUUGAUUGAUGCGGCAGCAUCAUCGCCACGUGCUCGGUCGGAAAAUGUUAGGAUGUGUCGGUAUGCGUCAGGGAGGAGGGCGGGGGUGCAGCCUUUCCGUCUUUUGUGUAGCAUGCAGGAGGGGGGGGGGUGCAGUCACAAGGCUCCGGACUGUUGUUGGAAGCCGAGAAACACGUGCAGUGGAGCAGCCGCACGUGGCGUUGACGAGCUCGCAGUCGCCACGCACUUCAGUCUGUUGCCGCAUCUGCAGGAGACGACGUCACCAUGGCUGUGGAGAUGGAGCCUUCGGAGUAAGAACCAACUACAACGAAUACCUUAUUGCUAAUUCCGGGACUUAAAUGUGUCAUUCGCCUGAUAAUGCAAUACCUAAAGGAGAACAACCUCUACAGAACCUUGAGCACGUUACAGGAAGAAACGACGGUGUCGCUCAACACUGUGGAAAGCAUCGACAGCUUCAUCGCAGACAUCCAACGUGGCCACUGGGACUCGGUCUUGCUCGCAAUCGAAUCGCUCAAAUUGCCCGACAACACGCUAAUUGACCUUUAUGAACAGGUGGUGAUGGAGCUGAUCGAAAUGAGGGAGGUGGGCGCCGCCCGUUCACUCCUCAGACAAACCGACCCGAUGAUCAUGCUGAAGCAGACCCAGCCCGAGAGGUACAGCCACCUGGAACACCUGCUCACACUCUCCUACUUUGACCCGCGUGAGGCGUACCCAAAAGGCAGCAGCAAGGAGAAGCGGCGCAGAGCCGUCGCAGAGGAGCUGGUGAGGGAGGUCAGUGUGGUGCCGCCAUCACGCCUCAUGGGCCUUCUGGAACAAGUUGGUUCAUUGAGACUGAACUCACCGGAGAGUCUCUCACCUGAAAUCACUAUUGAGACCCCAAGCAACAAGGACAGACAUGCAGAGAAAGAGACUUGUCCAACCCAACUGUACCGUCACAUUAAGUUUGGACGGCGGUCACAUGUGGAAUGUGCUCGUUUCUCACCCGACGGCAAGUACUUAAUGUCUGGCUCGGUGGACGGCUUCAUUGAAGCGUGGAACUUCCACACAGGCAACAUAAGCAAGGAUUUAAAGUACCAGGCCCAAGACAGCUUCAUGAUGAUGGAUGAUGCAGUAUCGUGUAUGUGCUUCAGCCAGGAUUCAGAUUUACUAGCCACUGGAGCUCAGAAUGGAAAAAUAAAGGUGUGGAAGAUCCAGAAUGGCCUGUGCCUGCGCAGGUUUGAGCAUGCGCACAACAAAGCUGUGACCUGUUUGAGUUUCUCCAAGGACAGCAACCAAAUCCUCAGUGCAUCUUUUGACCACACCAUCAGGAUCCAUGAGCUGCGUUCGGGCCAGACACUGAAGGAGUUAAAUGGACAUCUAUCAUUUGUGAAGGAUGCAUCUUUCACUCAAGAUGGAUUUCACAUCAUCAGUGCAUCAUCGGAUGGAACCGUCAAGAUUUGGAACAGCAAAACAUGUGAAUGCAUCCACACGUUCAAAUCUCUCUCGCGGGCUUCGGAUGUCCCUGUGAACAACGUGAUGGCUCUUCCCCAAAAUCCGCAGCUGUUUGUGGUUUGUAACCACUCCAGCACGGUCGUCGUCAUGAACACGCAGGGUCAGACUGUCAAGACAUUCAGCGCAGAUAAAAAGUUGGGAGCAAAGUUUGUGUGCAGCACAGUGUCCCCCCGAGGCGAGUGGGUUUACUGUGUAGGAGAGGACUUGGUGCUCUACUGCUUCAACUACGUGACAGCAAGGCUGGAGAAAACUCUGACGGUCCACGAGAAAGACGUAAUUGGCAUCGCUCACCACCCACAUGAGAAUCUGAUUGCUACUUACAGCGAGGACGGCCUCCUGAGGCUGUGGAAGCCUUAAGGCCGAAUACUGAGGAUCUCGGUGGACGUGGAGAACCUUACACAUGACAUUUGCAUUCCAUUGCGCAAGAAGAAUAGUACAUAUCUGAAUUGACAACUAUGUACUGUAUAUCACAAUGAAUUCUUGUUGAGUAUACUGAAGAGGCUUUUAUGCAUUCUUUAGCAGAGCGUACACCGAGCCAUCGUGACACACAGAUAAACGAAACUGGAAUGCUAAGAAAUGGCAGCGUAGUGGUUCACAUAGCUGACUUUCAUGCAGCUGGCGUGGGCUCACCCUGUGACUGACUGGCCGUUUGCCUGAACAGGAAGAGCGAUGAAUAAAAAAGGAUGGGUGGAUGUCACCAAACUGAAAACAAUGAAGAAAUUCAUUUGGGAUGAUAAAGAUGGUUAGUACAUACUGUAUGCAGCAGAUCAUAGCAAUUUCGUGAUACCGUGGAAAUAUGGCCCCUAGGAGCUUUGUUCACAUUAGAGCAAUCCAAUGAUGAUCUUCAGGCGAUCAUACUGUAUAGUCUCCGUAUUCAAACAAUAAUAUCCGUUCCAAAAAGAGAUUUUCGUGAGCUUUUCAGAUUUACAACACCACAGAUAAGCAAUAUUUAAUAUGAUUUUUUUUUAGCACAGAGAUCAAAUGACAGCCUCUUUUUUUUAAACGGGUGAUUUUAUCAAUAUAUUUCCACUUAAUUGUCGUAUUGCGUGUGAUCUGUCAAUCUAAGUCCUUAAUACUGUACUUCCUCAUGGUUCCAACUUUACCAGCACAGUUUAAAAUCUCCCAUUUUCAUCUCUCAUGUAUGAAAAUGCAUGAUGGUGAACUGUUGUGACAAUCCAGUAGUCUUUAACAAAACAAUGCCGGUUCUUUGUUUGACCGUAAACAAACAGCAUCAGGAAUAUAAUACAAUAUUAUAUAUACAGUAACUUUUGGUUUGUGACGCACUGUUGUAAAUGGUUUUGUAUCAGCGUUUUCAAUCUCGUCAGUUUCUGCAUGCUACCUCAGUGCUUAAUAUCCCUCAAAUUUUAGCGUUUGCAUGACAACAACACGAAAGUCUCAGUGAAGCUCCGGUGACACACGUUGUGUUGUUUGUACUGUACAUACAAUUAACGCCACGUCACAUUACUCUUCUGUGGUACAAACAACUUUCUCAGCAACGUAUAGGUGCAAGUCUGAUGACAUACUGCAUGUCCUAUGGUACUGUCUGUCAUUUGUCACUGUUAUGUAAAUAUAAUGAAUGUAUGUACCACUGUUUGCCACUGUCAGAAAUGAUGAUCAGUCAAAUUCCCCAAACUCUCAUAGUUGUCAGUGUUUGUGCAUGACUAUUCACAUAGUGUUUUUGCAGGAGCAAAUGAGAAGAAACAGGCCUCAUUCAUUUUUAUACAUACAUUUUUAUUCACAACAGCUGGCAAGAACAAUUUUUUUUCCUUCGGUCCCAUCCUAGCACAUGCAGGAGUGCCUCAUGUUCCAUGGUACAAUGUUUCGUGGUUACAUUGUACUGUACCAUAUUUGCAAAAACAUUAAACUCAAGUCAUUA